CCCUCCUCCCUCCCUCCCCGGACCCCGGAGCCCGGACCCCCUGGGCAACGCACGGACCUCGGGACCCCCACUCGGCAUCAAGGGAGCGGACCCUGCUGCGAGGCAGUUUCCCUCUGGCAACUCGGUGGCGCCCCCCUCUGCUUUCCCUCCGCCCCCCUCCUCGAGGCAGCGGGAAUGGCGGCGGCGGCGGUGGCUAUGCCGGGCGGCGGUGUGGCGUUGUUGGGGCCGGACCCGCGCGCGGACUUCCCCGCGUGGCUCUCGGCCCAGGGCAUGAAGCUGCCGUUCGCCCAGGCCAUGGAGCGGGAGCUGGGGAUCGGGGACUACGAAGAUCUGCUGGCGUGUGCCGAGCCCCCGCUCGUGCGGGCCGAGCUUUUCUCGGCGGCGCGCCAGCGCCUGCCCUUCGCCUUCUACGCCGUGCUGCGCCGCACGCUCGAGGCGCUGGUGCCGCACGUCGCGUCCCGGCGCCACGACCACGCGGUGUACGCAUCUGCCGAGACGCCAACGGGGCGCCAUCAGCACCAACAGCAUCCGUCGCUGGGCGGCCUCCUCGACGUGAUGGUGGCGCAACUCACGAGCCUGAGCCGUGAGCUGGCGCUCUUCGCCGCGCGCCUCAGCUCCCUGGACCCGGCCGUCGGGCACCAGGCCGGGCUGCUGGCGGAACACGAGGAGCCCAGCCCCUUUGCAGAGGGAGAGGUUGGGCGCUCUGAGGCCGACGAAGAGGAGGACGAGGAUGAGGUGGCGGUGGCCAGCGGCCACGACGGCGCCGAGGGUGUGUACGGCCUGGAGCAUGGUUGGGGGGCGCACGCGCCAACCGUGCCGGUGGAGCGUCCCCCGAGCCCCGUGGAGCAGGACGCCCCCCCGUUCCACGACGGCGACGGCGACGACAGCGACCGCAAGGUCAAGAUGGAGCGCGACGACUCCUGUGACGCAGGAGGCCAGGUUUGCAUUGGAGCAACCCCAGGCCCAGCAGGGGGCGUGCGCAGCAGGGGGGGCUGGGACCGGCAGGAGCCCCUGGGGGGCCCCGCGUCUGAGGGCCCCGCCUCCCGCGGGGGGCCCCUCCCCUGCGUGGGCCCCGGCUCUGGGCAGAUGGAGCAGUCCGAGGGGAUGUCCAGAGAGGGGCUGGGGGAGACGUACGGCAGCCUGGAUACAGACACGUACAGCUUCGUGUCGGAUGCUCCGAUCGGCCCAAGCUUCCCGCUGGCCCCGCCGCCCCCUCCUGCCACGGCGCGCUGGUGCCGCUCCUCCUCGUCGUCGUCGCUGGCGCUGCCCCCGCUGCCCCUGCCGCCGGCGCUGCCCCUGUCGGAGCGGCCGUUCGCCUGCGGCGUGUGCGGCCAGCGCUUCCGCCACAACUGCCAGCUGCGCGUGCACGCGCGCAUCCACGCGGGGGAGAAGCCGUACGCGUGCGGGCAGUGCGGACGCACCUUCUCGCAGGCGGGCCACCUGCUGUACCACUCGCGCACGCACACGGGCGAGCGCCCCCACGUGUGCAACGUGUGCGGCAAGGCCUUCACGCAGUCGUCCAACCUGAACCGGCACAAGCGCACGCAUCGCAACGACGCCGGGCCCGCCGGCCUCUAGCCCAGCGCUUGCCGGGCCUUCUCCCCCGCGCUGGGCUGACCCCCCCACCUUAAAACGACUACCAGGUCCUACCGCCAACCCGAAACCGCCGGGUUUUGCCGUCAGCUCCCGACUUGACUACCGGGGGGGGGGUCCAUCGGUCUCUUGGGGGGCGCCGACUGGGCCCCCGCCGACCGUACCGAAACGCCGGAGGCUCUGUCGUGAACGAUGCGGCGAUUCCGACGCUCGCAGCGCUGCGUGCGCAUCGACUCGCGCGCGAGCGAGCGAGCGGCUUACGCAAGCGAUAUGCAAUUGUUACGUUACAGGCUCCGCUGGAGCAAGUGAAAGCGUACAAAGUGAGAGAGAAACAAUGCAAACGGGACGAUACAAACGAGACGGAAAAGUAUCGAUUUUCGAAUCGAAUCGCCUGAAUCAUCACGCGCCUAACACCAAGGGCGGUGACAUGGCCCAGCAGUGUCGCUCGUCUCUUGUUGCAAAGGUACACGUUUCGAUUUCAUCGGCUGCCCUGAUUAAUACUGCAGUAUGCAUUGACCGUAAAAAAUAUAACGUUAAAUAUGUUAAAUAUCACAAUGGGCGUUUUAAGAUCCCGUGACAUUCGCAAGAGUAGGCCACUUCCUGGUGUCGCGGUCCAAAUUUGAUGUGUCUAUACCUAGCAUUGGAAAAGCCUGAAGAAGAAUCGUAACACUUGACGAGGCUUUCCUAGGUAAGUAGACGUAAUAAACAUGCCAAAGAUGGCACUCUUAAGAGGCGACGACCUCGGCCAUCUUAAGGUCGGACACUCCUGGGCAAGAGGAGGAGAUAUUUAUAUUUGCACACACGAACACGUACGCUCAUGCACGCAAACACAUGCACAUGCCCAUACACCCUCCCGUUCGCACACCUACGUGUGCACGUGCACGCACGGUGCGCGCGCUCAUCAGAACGGUCCCCGUGCGUAGGAGUGGACGCUUAAGAGCCGGAGCCUUGCGGAAGCUGAGCAACUGCAACGGGAGACGGCAACUGCGGGGGUCCCCCCCCCCCCCCCCCGUCCUUUGUGUCUCCACCUUGUGUCUCACCGGUGUCCCCCUCUGUGUGCGCGUGUCUCUUCUCCCUCUCGUGUCUCCUGUUGCUUCGUGUCUGUCUCGUGUCUACGCCUCGUGUCUCGCCACCCUCGCCUCUCUCCACGACGCGUGUUCACGCUCCCUCGCCGCCGAGUCCGCCGUGAUUUCGACCGGGCGCACGUUCAAGCGGCGACGAUCCAUUUCGAAUCGUAGCGACGACAAUUACAACGACGACGAAAACAGUAAAUGUAUGUUUAUUUUAACCUUAUCAUAGUUUACACAAUAAAUUCAGCGUUGUAAGGCUUCAGAAUGCGGGGUACAAAAUGAGCACGUGUGGUUUGUGAGCACGGCAGAUGGGAGCCAGGCUGAGCCAGGGUGAGGGAGAGGAGAGGAAUCGAACGGUCUAGGACUCGCGGCAAAACAAAAACAACAACAACACGCGAAAAUUCAAACCAGCAGUGAAAUUGCGCACGUGGGCGUUUUAAAUCGAACACCGCUCGCAGUCGCGGCUGAGAUCGGCGGAGGGAGGGAGGAGGGCUGGCGGAUCACGGCACACUCGGUGGUCCUUGUCAGAUCAGGGAGGGCGGAGCGUCAUGGGAACAG